UAUCCCGCGCAGAGCCAACUGAUCCUCAGAGCCAAAUCCGUUUGGCAAACUUUCGCUGGCGUUUGCUACGAUGCAGAUGGACGAGUCAGUCUGUGUCGCCAAAGAGGGAUCCGGCAGGCUGAACCAAAUGAGAACUUGUUUUGAUCUCUAUUAACCGGCAAGAAAGACGUGAAGUGAGUACAAGUGAUUUUCCCAUAUACUUCACACUCAUCCUCCUUCCGUACCCUGUUUUUACUCUCAGUGCGCCUAUCGGUCACCAUUCCUAUUUGGGCUCAGUCGAGAAGCGCUGGGAGUGGAAGGGGAGUAAAGGAUGGAGCCGACCCCAAGCAGUAGCCCCAGCGGCCCCAGCCAGCCCCCCCAAGCCGCCCAGCACGAACCCAUCAGCUUCGGAAUCGACCAGAUCCUCAGUGGCUCUGAUCCGGAAGGUUCUCAGCAAAACAGCAACAGAGGCAGUUCGGAUACCGGGGGCAGUUAUCAUCUGGGCAGCCCCACCGGAGCAAGCACGGCGCCAUACACAGCACUGCCUGGCUCUUUCCAUGGCAUCUCUGCGCCUUUCGAGGACUCGAGCUCCUAUGGUGUGAACCUGACUCUCGCUCCUGGUGGCGUGAUCCGGGUCCCGGCGCACAGACCCCUGGCUGCCGCGGUCCCACCUCCCAUGGCCAGUGCGGUUCCAGGCUUCGGCAGCCUCAGCUUUCCCUGGAUGGAGAGCAGUCACAGAUUCGCCAAGGAAAAGUUCGCAGCAGCUCUGACCCCUUUUGCUGUAUCCCGUCGGAUUGGUCACCCGUACCAGAAUCGCACGCCGCCAAAGCGCAAGAAGCCACGAACAUCUUUCUCACGGGUGCAGAUCUGUGAGUUGGAAAAGCGCUUCCACCGGCAGAAAUACCUGGCCAGUGCCGAGAGAGCAGCCCUGGCCAAGACACUCAAGAUGACUGAUGCUCAGGUUAAGACCUGGUUCCAGAACCGCAGGACAAAGUGGAGGCGACAGACGGCAGAGGAGCGAGAGGCGGAGCGACAACAAGCCAAUCGGCUGAUGAUCCAGCUGCAGCACGAUGCUUUCCAGAAAUCCCUGAGUGACUCCAUGCCCCCAGAUCCCCUCUGCAUCCACAAUUCCUCUCUUUUUGCCCUACAAAACCUGCAGCCCUGGGCCACAGACGAAGGGGGCAAGUUGGGAGGUGUGACUGCGCUCGUGUGAGGGUGGGGCUGUCAGCCAUGCAUGCUGACAGGAACUCGGUAUGGCCAACUGGCUUGCAGAGUGCAUUUGUAUGAGAGUGGCCUCACAUUCAGGUUUGGAUUCCUCUAUCCCCACACUGCACCCAGUUUCAGUCCAAGGGUAAAGGGGAGGGUAAGGAAAAUAAAAAGGGAGACAAAGGGACAAUAAGUUGUAAAGCACCUUGCAUUAUAAGAACGGCCCCUUGUUCAUCUGCCACCAAACCCAAGAGUCUGGCACUAACAGGCUUGUCCUGUUUUGAGGGCAUUGGAUAGGGCAUCUAUAAGUGACCCCAGGAACAGCACUUGGGUUUCUGUUGGUACUUUUUAGGCUGUGAUCCCUGCAAAUAAAGUUUCAGGAGACAGGAAUUUGAUUCUGAAGGCAGCCAGUGGCCAUCGGACAUUUUCUUCUUUCGGUUAAGCGGUCUUGAGGUUUCACUACAUGUGUGGCACCCAUGCUCCUCUACACACAGCACAUACCCCAUCUGUGCCCUGAUGGAAAUUGUAUGGUAAAAUAUGUGCAGGAGGACUAAAGACAAGAAUGUUUACAUGCCACACCGAAAAAACAUUUUCAAAAUGCCAUAUUUAUAUGAAUGUCUGUGCCACAGAAUCAUGUACUAUAAUUUGUAUUUUGCAAAUGUGUAAAUAAUCAAAAAGUUUUUAAGAACAGACACUGCCAUGUUUUUUUUCUUAACCCAUUAUACCCUAAGACAGUUUGUUCCAAACUCUUUAGGGGGUUGCUCUCGUAAGCCACAAUUGCCACACCAUAAUUUUCCCCCAGUCUUCUGAAACACAGUCCUCUACCAAUGAUCCCAACUCAAAUAUUUAUUACAAUGCCAGUCAUCUGUUUGCAGCAUCAACCCAGCUCAUGGUGCAGUUAGCAAAGCAUCCAGGGAAAUGUCGCCCUCUUGUGGACAUAGGCUCUUACAACAAAUGCAGCAAAGAUCAGGGACACCCCUGCAGAAUGCAGCAGCAUCAAAGGUAUUUCUAGUUUUAAAUAAAAAGCACAUCUUGAGAAAAUAAGU